UCCACCGAACGCCAGUGGUGUUUUAAAGCUGAGGGGUGGCAUGUGGCGGACAGCGGUCAGUGCUAGCGCCGCGGCCGGCCGGUCGAUCCGUGACCAUGGCUGUCGGUCUCCACACUGUGUACUGACUACUGCUCGAAGGAAACCAUCAACAUGACCGAUGACAUACCAGAAACCGGUGCGGUUUUCACGUUCGGCAAGUCGCACUUCGCGGACAACGAGCCGAGCCACUUCUUCAUCAAGAACGACCCGAUAGUCGCCAUUUCCUGCGGUGACGAGCACAGCGCUGUUAUAUGUCAGAAUGGACGAGUGUUCGUAUUCGGGGCAAACACCUGGGGCCAACUGGGGCUCGGACACAAAGAAGUGGUGACCAGGCCCAGCUGCGUAAAAUGGCUGAAGCCGCAGCGAGCUAUGUUCGUCGCAUGCGGGCGGGCGCAUACUGUGUUUGUUACAGACACAAACGCGAUACACACAGUGGGAUGCAACGACGAGGGUCAACUCGGCACAGGAGACCUGGAACAUCACACCGUCCCACAGUACGUGGAACUCAACCAGCCCGCCACCAUCAAGCAGGUGUCGGCCGGGAGUAACCACACUGCCAUACUCACUGAGGAGGGUCGCGUGUACAUGUGCGGCUCCAACUCGGAGGGGCAGCUCGGGCUGGGUGAGGACACACGCUCCGCCGUCAAGUUCACGGAGCUGCGGUUCAUGGAGACCAUCGCAUUCGUCGAGUGCGGAUACUACCACACCGUUUUCAUUACCAGCAAAGGUGCCGUGUUCGUUACCGGUGACAACGAAAACCAAAAAUUAGGCCUUCCAAACACAGCUAUCACCGUCUACGUGCCACAACUUCUGCCCAUAGACACGGCCAUAAAAAGCGCUUGCUGUGGCGCCUCACACACGUUUCUAUUGUCAAUGGACGAGACCAAAAUACUAGCGUUCGGGUCAAACGAGAAAGGGCAACUAGGAAUGCCCCGAGACAUCGAAUAUGUCACUGAACCCAAAGAAAUUGAUAUGGAGCAAAUGUUCGACGGGUUUCAGUUAAAACUGGUCGCCUGCGGGGCGAUGCACACGGCGUUUGUUACAGACAACGGACUACUUUACACGUGUGGCGAGGCGCGACACAACAAACUGUGCUUGGAGGAUAUCGACAACGCCAAUUCACACGACGUCGUACUCAAUCAAUACACACCUAAGCGGGUCACAGCGAUGAAUGGGCACAUUGUUGAUAACGUAGCGUGCGGCGGCUGCCACACGCUGCUCACCGCCACCAAGGGCUCUAAUGCCGACUUUACUAACAACGACUUCAACAUCGUCAACGAAACCACCAGGCAGAUCGUCCUCGCAGAGCUGCCGCCCUUAAAAGUACCAGUGAUGAACAAAAUAGAAGAACCGUACACGACAGAGGACGUGAUCAACUCCAACGCCGAAGCACAACACAAUACUGAACCCGACCACUUGAACGGCAAUACGAACGAGGAGACCGGAUCGAUAGACUCAUUAGAAGCAAACGUCAGCGGGUCGCAUAUCGUAAACAUAAACGACCUUGAGACCGAAAAUGGUAGCACGCAUGACGUGGCCGACAUAAACAAAGACGAAAUCGAUCGACCCUCCCGUAUGUCGCAUAUUGAACCAAUGGACGUCAUUGAAAGCAUGGACACUGUCGUAGACACAGCCUACGAAAAUAUACAAAAUACAGCCAAAGAAGUGACUGCAGAAACUAAAAAUAAAAUUGAUGAUACAGUUAAAAAUGUGACUGACGCAGCUAAAGACAAAGUAGAAGUGGUCGAAGAAUUUGUGAAGAAAUCCGUACCAUUAUCUCCUGGAAAACACGAAGAAGCAAAGAAAAUUCUGAGUGUACCCAGUCAGGUUGAUGACAUCGCAAAUUCGCCGCCGCCGAAGACGCCCAUACUUCCAGAAUUACUACAUAUUCCAGAUCUAUCUCAAAUCAGUCCAGUUUUAAGUAAACACAGUGACGAAAAAAGUGAAACUGGACAAUCCGAAAACGAAACGAUCCCGUGCGGUUCGGACAAAUCUAGCCCACAAGGUGAUAAGACAGCUAAGACACAAGCUGUGAUGCCGAUAGUUAGGAGUGACGAUCACAUCGACAUGCAAGUGGACGCAGAGCAUCGUGAAGAUAGUGAUGUUGUAGUUAACAAGUUACAAGAGAAAGGUCGAUUUGCACGGCUAUUCCAGUCGAUAAGAGAUAAAGAAAACUCGUGUAUGGGAAAAGGCAAAGUCAUUGAAGAAAACAUUGUAGAAACAGUAAACGAAGGUGUGGAUAAUGCCGAGAAAUCGAUACACAAGGUUGAAGAGACAGUCGAAACAGAGAUAAGAAACCAGACCAACUCACGAACGUGCACCAUAUUGUAAACGCAUUUCGUCUUCUCAUAUGUUUAAUGAAUAAAGUUUUUAUUAUUGCA